AUGAAUGUUAUGCGAUUGGCAAAAAAGUUUCCUCAGUUUUCACAGCAGGAUGUUUUUGAUCUUACAGCACAAUUCAAUAAAAUAGACAUUGAAGGAACCGGCGCGCUUGAGCAAAAGGAUGUUGUAAAAGCCUUGCAAGAGUCAGGAGAGAGUAAUUCAUAUGAUGAGAUUCGCGCGACGCUAAAAGAAAUCGAUUUGAGUUCCACGGGUAAAGUCGAAAUAGAAGAGUUUGUAGAGCUUAUAGCAAAGCUCAGAGAAGGUCGCAAUAAAAAAGCAUUUGCUGUCAAUAAACAUAAAAUCACCGUUCACGGUUCCAGCACAAACAUUUCUCAUACCAUAAAUGAAGAUGAAAGAACCGAGUUUACAAGGCAUAUAAACCAAGCGUUGGCUGGUGACCCCGUUGUUAAAGAUAAAAUUCCGAUUGACACAAAUACUAUGCAGUUGUUUGAUGAAUGCAAAGACGGUUUGAUCCUUGCAAAAUUAAUCAAUGAUUCUGUACCGGAUACAAUCGACGAAAGGGUUCUUAAUGUUCCGGUCCGAGGGAAGAUGAUCAAUAAGUUCCAAAUGACCGAAAACAACAACCUUGUUAUCUUCUCUGCUAAGGGAAUUGGGUGCAAUGUUGUUAAUAUUGGAUCAACGGACUUGAUUGAAGGUCGAGAACAUUUGAUUCUUGGUCUAAUCUGGCAAAUCAUCAAAAUUGGGUUGUUAAACAAGAUUGACAUUAAACUGCAUCCCGAGUUGUAUCGUCUUCUUGAAGAAGAUGAAACACUUGAUCAGUUUCUAAAGUUGCCACCCGAUCAAAUUUUGUUGAGAUGGUUUAAUUAUCAUUUGAAGGCCGCAAAAUGGAACCGCAGAGUUUCAAAUUUCAGCAAAGAUGUAUGUGAUGGGGAAAAUUACACCGUUCUUCUUAGCCAGCUCUCUCCCGAACUCUGCUCGCGUGAUCCAUUAAAGGAACCUGACCUCCUUGAACGUGCUGAAAAGGUUCUUCAAAAUGCCGAGAAAUUGGGCUGCCGCAAGUAUUUAACUCCGAAGGCGCUCGUUGCCGGUAAUCCAAAAUUGAAUUUGGCAUUUGUCGCUCAUUUAUUCAACACACAUCCGUGCCUCGAACCACUUGAUGAAGAAGAGAAAGCUGAACUCGAAGAGUUUGAUGACUCCGACGAUAGAGAAGCGAGAGUAUUCGCUCUCUGGAUGAAUAGCUUGGACGUUACACCGGCUGUAAACAACUUAUACGAAGAUUUGAAGGAUGGUCUCAUUCUUCUUCAAGCUUUCGAAAAAAUCGAGCCUGGUAUAGUGGAUUGGAAAAAAGCAAACAAAUCCGCAAAUUUAUCAAGAUUCAAGCAAGUGGAAAAUACAAAUUACGCCAUUUUACUAGGAAAACAGUUACGAUUUACACUCGUUAAUAUUCAAGGCGCCGACAUAUGUGACGGCACAAAGACCCUGACUCUUGGUCUUGUCUGGCAAAUGAUGCGCAUGAAUAUCAUCAAAACACUUACAAGUUUGUCUAAAGGAGGCCACGAGAUUAACGAUGAUGAUUUGGUAAGGUGGGCAAAUGACACCGUGAAUCGUGGCGGGAAGUCCACAAAAAUGAGAAACUUUAAGGAUCCGUCUUUGAGGAAUGGUAUAUUUCUUAUUGAUUUAUUGAACGGAAUAAGACCAGGCGUAGUGGACUAUAGUUUGGUAACAAAGGGUAUCUCAGAUGACGAUGCCACACUCAAUUCUCGAUAUGCUAUAUCCAUUGCUCGAAAAAUUGGUGCUACCAUUUUCCUAUUACCGGAAGAUAUUGUUGAAGUUCGACCUCGAUUGAUAUUGACAUUUAUUGGAAGUUUAAUGGCAUUGGACAAAG